UCCGAGCGGGGCCCGGCGCGGCCCUGCCCCGCUUUUCCCGGCUCUUCCCCGCCCGUUCCCGGCCGUUCCCCCGGCUCCCCCCGGCCCGGCCAUGGCGCUGCUGCGGGCGGCCGCGCUGCCGGCCGAGGGCGGCCCGGCCUGGCUGCCCACGCACGUCCAGGUGACGGUGGUGCGGGCCCGCGGGCUGCGCUGCAAGGGCGGCACCGGCAAAGGCAAAGCGGGCGGCAGCGACGCGUACACCGUGAUCCAGCUGGGCCGCGAGAAGUACAGCACCUCGGUGGCCGAGAAGAGCGGCGGCAGCCCCGAGUGGAGGGAGGAAUGCGCCUUCGAGCUGCCCCCCGAGCCCGGGCCCCGCGCCGGGCUGGUGCUCACCGUGAUGCACCGGGCGCUGGUGGGCAUGGACCGAUUCCUGGGACAGGCCGUGGUGCCCCUGGAGCCCGCCCGGCAGCGCGGGAGGGAGCCCGACGAGCGGUGGCACAAGCUGCACUCCAAGGCCGGGAAGAAGGAGAAGGAGCGGGGUGAGAUCCUGGUGAGCAUCCAGUUCACACGGAACAACCUCACAGCCAGCAUGUUCGACCUGUCCAUGAAGGAUAAACCACGGUCACCCUUCGGGAAGCUGAAGGACAAGGUGACAGGCAAGAAGAAAUACGACCUGGAGUCGGCCUCUGCCAUCAUCCCCAGCAGCCUGGGCGGCCUGGACGUGGAGGAUGACUACGAAAUGGGGGGCAAGAAGGCCAAAGUCAAGGGCUUUUUCCUGAAGAACAAGCUGCGCAAGUCGUCCCUGACGCAAUCCAACACUUCCCUGGGAUCCGACAGCACCAUCUCCUCUGCCAGCCUGAGCUUGGCAGCAAAUGUUCCUGAGGUAACCAAAUCCCCGAGCAGACACAGCAGUCUGUCCAUGGAGCGCUCUGUGAAAGACUAUUUGCCGUCUCCCAAGCUGACCCACAAGAGAGCGUUCAGCGACGACGUCUCCCAGGUCAGCCCGGUCCUGGAGCCCAAAGCAAUCCAAAGCCCGAAGCCAAAGAACGAUCCCGUGUCCCGUUCUUCCCUCUGCAUCAACGGGAGCCACGUUUACAGCGACGAGCCCGCCCCGAAGAGCCCCGCGCUGGUGCCGCCCGGCUCUGCCCCGCUGCCCGUGCCCGCCGUGCCCAGGAGGCAGGACGAGGGGUUCGGCUUCACCCCGCUCCAUCCCGACCCCCAUGAGGCGCCCUGGGGGGUCGGCGGCUUCGAGAGGCCUCAGCAGAGGGACGAGCCGAGGUUCAUCCCGUCUCCUCCCAGCUUAGCCCUGCAGGAAGAGCUCAAGGUCUCCACGAAGGCCGUCACCCUCAGCAACCACCUGGGCAGGGCCAGGAUGGAGGAGAACAGCCGCCUGGAGAACAACAAGCCCACCCAAGCCACGGCGCCCGUGGGCUUCUCCUCGGACAAACAGCCCGAGGAGGCGAGGAAGGAAGAGAAGAAACCAAAAGGUGGCUUCUUCCACCACGGGGGCAACCGGAGCGAGGCGGGGAGCAAAGGCCAGGGGGAGAAAGUGGGACCCUCCGUCCAGGCCGCGGCGGCGGGAGACGAGAGGAGUAAGAGCAGCGGCUGGUUUGGUUCAAAGGAGCCCAAAGAUUCCCCUCAGAAACCCAGUUUCCCGUGUGGGCCGCAUGCUUCACCAGAGGUCGCUGGGAGCUUUUAUUCCUCUGAGGAUUGCAGUCCCUCUGCCUCCCUAAGGCACACAGACCCAGAGAGGGAGUCUCCAGCCAAAAGCAUUGGUGUCCCCGUUCCUGAAACCACUCCCCCAUCACAAGGAGACCUUCCUCCUCCGGACACCGAACCCACCGUCCCUCCGCCGCUCUCGGAGUGGGACGAUACCUUCGAUGCCUUUGCCACCAGCAGGCUCAAGCCGGAAGGGAAGAAGGAAAACUUCUUUGCUUCCCUGGCAGCAGAGGGCAUGGCUUUCAUUGAUGAUGCUGAUGCUGCCAGCCCAACAGAGAGAGCAGCCAAGCCAGCCCAUGAGAAGGGCACACAAGGAUUCGAAAAGGCCGAUUCCCAAAUCGGGGGUGAAAUACCCGCGGCUCUUCGGUCUUGGACAAAUUUCUCCAGUUUAGAUGUGGGGGCCAACUUGGUGAGCACAACCCAGGAGGCCACGGUGAUAGAGGACGUGCUGAGCCCCGUGUCUGCAGGGUCCAUGGGGAGGAGGAGGAAGAGCAGCACGCCCAUGGUUUGGACAGCCGCGUUUGCAUCGGGAAACUCCGCAGAAAAAGAGGCUUCGACAGCACUAACGACUGGAAGUAGCACCAGGGAGGGAGGGGACAGUGAUGAGGAGGAAUCCUCUAGUGCAGGGACAAAUGGCUGGAUGACCAUAGCCACUGAAACUGCUCCUGAGCCCUCAGAGAGCACUCAAAGCGUGGCUGAGGAGCGCGUGGGUCAGGACAGCGUGUUCGGCCCACGACCCACCUUCCUCGGCGACGGCGCCUUCGAAGCCAACAGCGCGUCCCGUGCCGCCGCCCGUGUGCUGCCCAGGAGCACCUUCCCCCCCGAGCUCACCCCUGAAACCCUGCCAGGCAGCAACGUGGUGGCCGUGCCCCCGCGGGUGCUGGCGGAGGUGGCAGCACGGCCACUCCCUGCCCCUCCUGAGCCGGGGACGGAGCUCCAGGGCGCUGGGAAUGAGGAGGACACGUUCGACAUCCGGACGUCGGUGUACCGGCUCCAGGCCAGCAUGAGGCUGGAGGCCAGUGAAAGCCUUGUAAAGCUCAGCUCUGACAUCCGUGAGAGGCACGUCGUCCUCUCCCCGUGGACAGGGACCCACGAGCGGGAGGAGAUCGUGGCCGGCUCGGCGGUGCCACCCCCAAAACCUCCCCGGUGGUUCGCAGCCGCUGGAGUCGGAGGGGAUGGGGAGGAGGAGGAGGAGGAGGCUCGUGGCCCACAGCGAGGCAGCGAGGAGCGAGGGGAAGACACCGAGUGCCCAAAAGCAGAUGUGGAGUUGCCAAGGAGCCGUGUGAGCAGCGAGCCCUCUGUGCCGGCAUCUCCCAGCCCGCCUGCCCUGGGAGUGGACAUCGCCGAAGCCGGGAGGGAGUUUCUGGUCUCCAGAGAUGCUGAAUGUGUGGACUCAGCAGCGAGACCCAGCGAGCUGGGAAAAGGGGACACCUCUCUGGGGGAAGACCCAUCGGAGAUGAACGAGACGGAUGCGGCUGAGCAGUUCGAGACCUGCGCAUCCAAGUUCUCCCUGGACGGAUCAGGCCAGUCGGGUGCUGAGCAGAGCUGGAGCCAGCCCCGUUUGUCCCCUCAGAUGGGGCCCACAGACAGUGCCAAGUGGGAGCUGGCCUCCACAAAGGAGCCGUUCCCUGAGGAGCUCAGUGUUUCAGGACUAAACCCACCUUCCAAGCUAGACCUGGGCCAGCCGGAAAUGUUCUGGUCGGCUCUGGAAGAGCAGGAGGCAGCUGCUCAUCCCGCUGGUCUCAGCCCAAGGUUAGCACGUGGGGAGAGCCCACCCUGCCCACAGCCGGCAUGGGAUGAUGGUGAGGGGCAAGAGGGACACCGGCCUGAGCCUCGUGCCCCCGUGGCAGUGGCCAGCCCUCCUGAGGAGGCAGAGCAGGGCAGACCCCCCCGCAGCGAGCCCGAGGGGCCGCGGCACUCGGCAGACAGCAGGAUAGACUUCAAGAAGGCGGAUUUCUGGAAGCCAGACAGGGCGGAGGAGAGGCACAAGCAGGAAGCUCCAUCCUCGAAAAACCCCUUUACUCUGGCCCUCAGCCCCAACUCCCCAAGCAACCCCUUCGUGGAGACACCCCCAGACCCCUCCCUCCCUGCUCAAGCUGUGCUGCCCGAAAAGCUUGACCAGGGCGACUUCAGCUUCUCCAGCCUCCACGAGGAAGCCCUCGGGCAAGGCUUCCAGCCCACUAACCCCGCCGGGCACCCGCUCGUGCAGCCUCCCUUCCCGCAUGCCAGCCAGCCCUUGGCCUUCUCCACCCCUUUCCUCGUGGCUGCCACUAACCCCGAGCAGUUUGUUUUCCCCUCCCCUGCCGUGUUCCCCCCGAGCCGCGGGGUCCCCGCCGCCUCCAGCCGCGCAGCCGCCCAGCCCUGCCCUUUGCCGCAGCCCGGGGACACACAGGCUUCAGCGCUCGUGGUUUUGCCCAGGGAGACACAGCCAGCUGAGAAGCCCCUUUUCCAGCAGACGACCAGUCCCCACCCGGUGAAGCCCAUCAGCGCCGCGGUGCAGGAGGUUUCUACUGAGAAGAAGCAGCAGCACAGGUCCAGCCUGACCUCAGCACUGAGCAAUGGCCUGGAGAAGCUGAGGACAGCCACCACGAGCAGUGUCCAGCCUGUGGCCCCGACCUCCCACCCGGAGAAAACGGACUCCAAGAAGUUAAAGGAUCCCACCGUGCUGGACCAGUCAGCCAAGUAUUACCACUUGACCCACGACGAGCUCAUCCAGCUCCUGCUGCAGAGGGAGAUGGAGCUGAGCAAGAAGGAGGAGCACAUCCAUGAACUGGAGAACUACAUCGACCAGCUGCUGGUUCGCAUCAUGGAACAGUCUCCCACGCUCCUCCAGAUCCCACUGGGGGAAGGCAACACCAAGUAACCUCUGCCCAGAGACCAGCAGCACUCGCCUAGAGCACUUCUCCAGUAACCACGCUGCAAACAUCCCUGCACUCCCCCCUCCUCUUCCAAGAGGGCUCCAGUGGCUUCCGUUCGCAGAGUUUAGCGGGAAAGGUUGUCUGCUCCUUCCCAGCCCAAGCUUCUCCCAGCUCUGGCUCCAGGGAACUGUAGGGUGGAUGAUGGGCAGUCGUGCACCCUAUGGGGAGGAGCAGAGCCCUCCACCUGAGGCAGAUGCCACCUUAGGUUCCUGUCCUUGUGACCAAGUGCCACCUUCUCGGGCGCUCACCCUGCCAGUGCUUUAAGUGGCCCAUGGACAUUUGAGAGCUGGAAACCACCUUGCCCAUGGCUUCAUCCUGCUGCUGCUGCUGCUCUUCUGCCCACACUCUUCCUCAUCUCUCUUCUGAAGUGGUGUCCCCUGGCUGGAGGAUGAUGUUGAACUGAUUGAGGACAGUGGGGAUGUCUAAACCCGGGAAAGCUCUCCCAGGACAUUAGUGACUGCAGAACAGGGCUGUUGUUGGAUGCCUCCUCCCCUUCCUGCCCCAUUUACCCCCCAGAAUGAAGGGUCUGUGUCUGAAGAGCCAGCUCCAUUUUGUGCCAGUUCCUGACUGCUGGGAGGUGCUACACAAAGGGACAACAGUGGAGUUGGAGGCCAUAAAGGACUUGAUCCAAUGUCACUGCCUGACCAUGAGCUGUGUUGGCUCCUUCACUCCGUGGGUGCAGAGUGGUGAUGCUGCCUCAGCUCCUCAAAACUCAGCUUGCAGCAUGGAAAAGUGAUGGUUUGUGCACCGUGAGGGCUCCAGGAGAUCUUCCUGCUUCCCACCCAACCCAUCCCCAGCCUGGCUGUGCCUCGAGGGGAUUCCUUUGUGUAUAAACCACAGCUCAGUUUUCUACUCAGUAUCCCGUGGGAAUUGCUCUCCACGGCUUUCCCCACCGUUGGCUCUGUGUUGUCUUUCCCAACCCAACAGGAAAAUGCCACUGGACCAAAGCUCAUGGAUGUCUGACCAUCUGGCCACCUCUGCAUGACAUCCUGUGGGAUCAGGCUCCCACCAAACACUCCCUGUCCCAGCUGACAUUCCUGGAAUCCUGGCAGACCCCCUUCCAGCCACUGUUAGUGCCAAGCACCGCUCCAGUUGGAUCACAUCCACAUGCCAGUGUUGGAUCUCUUGGGCCCAGCUCUGCUGGGAGCCCAGUGCUUCCAGCUGCUGACCAUGGUGUGACCAUCCAAAGGGCUCUGAUUUAUGUGGUUUAAUGAGAAUCCAGCACAGAUUUGAGUUCAGAGGUGCUGUGGAAGAGGAUAGAGAGGAUGUUGCUCCAUCUCUCAUCCUGCCAGGAUUUUGUCUAGAGAAGUGGUGGAGGGUUGGUUGGUGUGGGAUUUGAGCUGUCUUGGCAUGUAAGGCAUCUUCUCCCUCUUCUGUAUCUCCCAAAGUUACUGGAUUCUUUUAAAACCUCCAUACUCUUCUCUCCUUACUUCCAUGUAUGCCAUGACUUUGAAAAACUGUGCCUUUUGCCAUAGGACAGUAGCAGUUUCCUACCCAAAAAGGCUCUGAAAUCCAAUUCUCAUUUCCACACGACCCAUCUGGGGACAGGUUUCUCUUCUGUUUUCCCGCUCAUCCAAAAAAGUCAGUUUAUUUUUACAUGCAGAGCCUUCCCACCCCUGUGUGCAGGUACUUUGGGUCCUUGGCAGGAAUUCUGCACAGGAAGCUCAUGGGACGUGGGAGGCAGAGAGUUUAGGAGAUGACAUGGGGAGGAAGAGCAGGCCAAAUAUUCCAAGACAAAAUACAGCUGGAUAAAGACAGUAUUGGGUCAGGAGAGAAGGAGGUUUGGUCCUGUCUAAUUAAACCAUCAUAGGAGGGGGAGGAUUUGGUACCUGGAAAGGUACCAGCCAUGAACUUCCAAUUCCUGCCUGCCUUGGCCCCUCAUAUGGAAUAAUCUGAGGGUCUGCACUUCUCUAUCUGUUCCUCUUGUCUUUAUGUUCCUCCUCCCUUUGUGUUUCUGGGAUGAGACGUGAGGCUCAGAAGGAAGAUGUUUCUCCCGUUUUAGAAAGUCCCAGAAAUAUUUCUCUGCCUGUAGGAUCGGAUCCCAUGGCCUGAGCACCACAUUCCCUUUCUGAGUGCCCAGAGAAGCUCUUCCUUUGAGCUGAAGGCAGGCAGGGAGGAGUUGUGGGCAGCUGGAAUGCAGUCCAGCCUUGGAAAAGCAGCACGGCACGGGAAUGAGGGCUGGGAGGAGGGGCAGGUGUAGCUCAAGUGGGCAUUAAUAAGGGGGAGGAGCAGAGCCAAAAUCUCACACGAGAAUCCCACACUGGCUCCCCACUCCCUAAAAAAACAUCUGCUUCCUUGGAGCUCUCCCCCGGCAGCGUUGGCUCUGCAGGUGCUCCCCACACACAAGUGCCAAUGUUUCUGAGGAUCUCGCUGCACCUCCUCCCUGCCUUCUCCCCUCCUCUUCCAUCGUGUCUCACCACUUCCCUCAGCCCCCUCUGCCUUACUCAGCUCUGCCUUUUGUCGCUCCAAAGCUUGAAUGUUUUGCACUCAAAUCUCUGAAGUUACUCUCAGAGCUCAGCAGGCGGUGCCGGAGGUGCAAGAGGUGCUUCCCCAUCUCCUGCCUUUCCAGCAAGAGGUGCUUCCCCAUCUCCUGCCUUUCCAGCAAUAGGAGCUUCCUCACCUCCUGCCUUUAGAGCAAUAGGAACUUCCUCAUCUCCUGCCUCUCCAGCAAUAGGAGCUUUCUCAUCUCCUGCCUUUCCAGCACUACCUUUUCCCUCUAUCCCUUACCUUUCCAGCAAUAGGUGCUUCCUCAUCUCCUGCCUUUCCAGCAAUAGGUGCUUCCUCAUCUCCUGCCUUUCCAGCAGUAGGUGGUUCCUCACCUCCUGCCUUUAGAGCAAUAGGUGCUUCCUCAUCUCCUGCCUUUCCAGCAACAGGUACUUUCUCAAAUCCUGCCUUUCCAGCAAUACCUGCUCCCUCCAUCCUUUACCUUCCCAGCAGUAGGUGCUUCCUCCAUAUCCUUUCAUCUCCUGCCUUUCCAGCAAUACCUAUUCCUUCCAUCUCCUGCCUCUCCAGCAAUAGGAGCUUCCUCAUCUCCUGCCUUUCCAGCACUACCUUUUCCCUCCAUCCCUUACCUUUCCAGCAAUAGGUGCUUCCUCCAUAUCCUUCCAUCUCCUGCCUUUCCAGCAAUACCUGCUCCCUCCCAUCUCCAAAGGCCAAGGCAGUUCUGGCACUGGUGCCUUGGCGUUGGGUGUGAUGCAGGAGCUGCAGAAGGAACAAGCAGUGAUGGGUGUUCCGUGUCUGUCCUCGAGUGUUUGGAAGUUCUGAGGUAUCUACAAAUCGACUGGUGUUUAGGAAAAGGUAUCUUAAAGAUGCUCCUGUCUCUGUUCUCUGUUUCUCCACCCCUCUGUCCUGAAAAUGUGGGGUUUUCCCCAGCACCCCCCAGGUUGAUUCUGUCCAUCAGAGCAGCAGCUUGGCUACACCACAGCGCUGAAACCAGAGUCUGUUUAAUUUGUUGUUAGAAGUUCCCAGAGGGAAAUGGUUUCGAGGACCUUGUGGAGGGAAGGGAUGAGGAAAAGAAUUGUGGGGGGAAACGUUCUCAAGUUGCCCAUGUUCUGUCUGGGGUUUAUCUCCAUAGUUAGUGACCUAAAUCUCUGUUUUUUAGCGAUUUAUUUGGCAGCCCAGGGGCAGGAGCAGCAUCCCUGCUCCUUGUUGGAGCCACGCUGAGCUCUGUUCCUGUCUGCUGAACCCAGCAGACCACAAGGUUUUGCUGGACCAGCAGCAACUUUUCCCUGGUUCCACUUUAAACACAGCCAUAACGAUCCCUCUGUGGUUUUGCCUUUCUCUUGGACUCUGUUUUUCCACACUGUUCCAUGUGGUUCCAGCAGGGUGCUGUUGGCUCUGCUUUUGUUGUCAGCCCAUGACUGGGUUUCUUGCUUUUCAAGAACUUUGGCCAAGUGAUUUUCUUUUCUCCUUGGCUGCUCCUUCUGGUCACAGGCUGGGCCAGAAGAACCACCAAGGUUUAUCCUUUAACUGGAACAAACCUGAAGGGAUGUGGGUUCUCAAGUGUAGACUCAGCCUUAUGACUCGUCUGUGAAGAAACCACCGUGUGUUUCCUGUCUCAUGGGGUGGAAAAAACAUCCCAAAGUGGGAAAAGAAGCAUCAGGGAGGGUUUGGAGUUGUUGAUUUCCCUGUACUUCACGUACCAAGGAAGUGGGUUCUGUGCGUUUCAUGUUUUAAUAGUUGCAACUAAUGUUUAUAAAGAGCUUGUUAUUUACGUUUUCAGCACUUUAAAGAAGAAAAAAAAAAUAAAAGUUGUUCAAGCUGUUCCUA